AUGCCAGCAAACACAUCCAACCCAGCAUCGUUCGAAGUGAUUCAGAGUGGUGAAGCACAGCCCAAAAACACGGGGGUGCUUGGCGGACGUAGUGACGGUCAAGCAAGCACGGCUCUUCCGUUGCAGACAAACGUGCUUAUCACUACUCGCUCGGCUGUAGAAGAGUGUUUGAAGCGUCAUCUCGCGGAACGACAUGAAGAACACGCAUACCUGGUCUCGGUUAAGAUGUUGCGUCAAAGGACUUUCCAAGAGCAGGAGCUUCGCGCUCGAAGCCGCAAGCAGAAGCGUCCACCAAAAUCAACCUUACCACAGAGAUACAUACAGACCACCUCUCCUUUCCAGAACAUGUCUCCGAUACAGGUACCGUUCGACCGGAGCGCCAACACGAAACGUAUGUUAGAUAUGAGUCAAGAAGUUUACGUCAAAGCCAAACCCAAAGACACAGUAACUAAAUCCGGUUUGGCUGCGUCUCCAACAAAAUACAAAAGCGACGCACCUAUGAUCCCUCCCUUUAAGGAGUACGUUAGUUUGAGGAACAACAUUCUCGCGGACAAUGAGUCAAAGCUGCUCGCAACACCCUACUUUCAGGACGAGGACUAUACUGGUCGCGAGAUCUUGUUAGAUACGCUUCCAUAUAUCUACGAGAUGACACAUGACGAAAACGGCCCGUUGGACUUUCGCAAGGAACAGUGUCGGUUCUAUAAAGACGCUAUAGAAGUUUUCCUGUCCGAGAUAGGCAUCGCGUGGAAUGACAUUUUGUAUUGGUUGCUAGCACCAGAACGAAAUAUCACCCGGAUCAACGAUUUAGCACCUGGCAGUAAACACUUUGAAGCACAUGUGCUUGAGCGAUCGCGGUACGACAUUGAAGAGUUCGAGCGAGAUGGAGUACCAAAGAGAAACGUACUGUUCAAACGGAAUGACAGGAAAUGGCGGGAGUUUUUGCCCCAGCUCAAAGAGCCUUCUACCAGUGCUCUGAGACUUGCGGCAACGGCUUGUGCAGCGGUUCUUCAAGAAUGCGAGUUUAGCAUCUGGUACCUUGCUCGACAAUCGGAAGCCGUUCAGAAUCACGUAGCGAAGAAGACUGCAUGUGGACAAGCUGCCAGGCAAUCCACUUAUAAGGAGAUGUUGUGUAGAGUUUGCCAUCAACAUAACUGCUUACUCCAUGGCGAAAUCAGACAAGCACCCGAAGACUCCUGGAAAACGGAUUCUGAGGAUGAGGAUCGCGCCACACAAGCGACUGACGACACUAGUCGACGAGGCUCUGAGACCAAAAGAACUCCCCGCCGCAUUUCGGCUUACGGCGGAGAUGAUACUGAAGACGAGCACGAAGAAGGCCCCUUGCCUGCACACUUUGACAACGAUUCUGAUAUCGAGAGGGUCAUCAACUACAAGUUGCCUGCAAACCCAGACGCCUUUAAUACUUGUCCGAAUUCCGAAAUGAUUGCAUCUAAGGGCGCAAAACCGCCUCCCGGUAAAUUCAAUGCAAACUGGUGGCUACAGCAAGAUAUGACACAGCAUUGGGAAAAGCGAAAGCCGUUCUUCCCAUGUAAACACGAAGGCACUUGUGAGGAUGCGAAAUGCCGGUGCUUCCGGGAGGGCAUCAAUUGUGAGAAGACGUGCAAAUGUUCGCGGACAUGCAAUCGACGCUUCCCUGGUUGCAGUUGCACGAUAGGACCUGGAAAACGCCCAUGUUUUACCAUCUCGUGCCUCUGCGCCAAAUUUAACCGAGAGUGCGAUGCAGACCUUUGCGGCGCUUGCGGAGCGUCUGAAGUCCUCGAUCCAGUGAACCGAUACAACGACGACGUGAUUGAACGCAACUGUUGCAAUGUUGCGAUCCAAAGAGGUGUUCCUCGGAAGACGUUGCUGGGCCACUCUGAAGUGCACGGUUUUGGACUCUACAUGGGCGAAGACAUCAAAAGCGGCGAUUACAUUGGCGAAUAUACCGGUGAAGCUAUCUCGGUCAAGGAAGGCGAUCGGCGAGUUACCAUAUACGACUACCAGAAAACGAUGUACCUGUUUCGAUUGAACUCAAAACAAGAAGUUGAUGCCACGUAUAUGGGAAACAAGCUACGCUUUAUCAACAAUGCCGACGAUAAGUACACGAAUUGUAGCCCUAAGAACCUGCUCUGCAACACAGUUUUCCGCAUUGCUCUGUUUGCGACCAGAGAUAUAAAGGCAGGCACCGAGCUCUACUUCAACUAUAAUUAUCCCAAGGAGAAGACUGCGCAGUUCAAACAGCCGAAUGCUAAGGCCGUCGCAGUCAAGCAAACCAAACAAAGAACGAAGAAGAGGCAGUCACUUACCAGCAGUCAGCCCAUCGAGGAUCGCUCACGUGUCCUAGCCGCCACAGCAAAGGCCAGAGAAGCUAAAGCUGCUAAGCGCGCAGCGGCCCAAGCCAUGCUAGAAUCCAGUGAUGCGCAGACUGCUACGAAAAGGCAUUCUGGAACACUCAAAGCACGGAAGGCAGCGACCGGUGAACCUGGACGCAAGAUAGCGAAGAAAUCCAUGCGUGAAGCACUCGGCAGGAAUGACUCCACAUACACAGACACAGACACUGGCGUAGAUGCGGAAGUAGAAGCAAGUGACCCCGACAUCCCCGCCGUCAUUGAGUCGCAGAGUACUCAGACUAGUCAGUAUGUUCAGGACACUGAAGAAGAUAACGACGAAUAUGUCUUGACUACGCAAGAGGAUGACGAAGAGGAAGAUGUAACUGAGCCGGCCUCUGAUGAUGAGCAGGCGGUUGUGCCAGACAGGAGUGUGGCAACGAGAACUCGUCGUGGGCCUGGCAGACCACGGAAGAGGAUUUCAGACUUGGCGCCGGUGAUUGCGGUGAAGGACAAGAAGACGAAAGCGAAGAUGGGCGGUGCACGACCGGGUGCUGGCAGAAAGAGAAAGCGACAUAUCAUUACUAACAGUGAUGAUGAGUAA